AUUUCCCUUUUGGCCACGUCGCUCGAUUCUCGCUAUAUUCCGCUGCCCUGCAGAUCCGCCGGCGGAGACUCGCUACUUCAGCGGCUUAGAAACGCUUUGUUACUCUAUCCGGUGGAGGAUAACUUAAUCCGGCGCAGAUAUGAACAUUUUCAGGCUUACCGGCGAUCUUUCCCAUUUGGCAGCCAUUAUUAUUUUGCUCCUUAAAAUAUGGAAAACCAGAUCGUGUGCCGGCAUUUCUGGGAAAAGCCAGAUCCUGUUUGCGUUGGUUUUCACUACCCGCUACCUGGACCUCUUCUCUUCCUUCAUCUCCCUCUAUAACACAGUCAUGAAGGUGAUUUACAUCAUGUGCGCGUAUGCCACCGUCUAUCUCAUCUACGGCAAGUUCAAGGCCACCUACGACGGCAACCACGACACCUUCAGGGUGGAGUUCCUCCUUAUCCCAGUAGUCUUGCUGGCCGUCUUGAUCAACCACGCCUUCGCGCCCAUGGAGAUCCUCUGGACCUUCUCCAUCUAUCUGGAGUCGGUGGCCAUCUUGCCCCAGCUGUUCAUGAUCAGCAAGACGGGCGAGGCGGAGACCAUCACCACGCACUACCUGUUCUUCCUGGGCCUGUACCGCACGCUCUACCUCUUCAACUGGAUCUGGCGCUUCUACUUCGAGGGUUUCUUUGAUUUGAUCGCCGUCGUAGCAGGCCUGGUGCAGACCAUCCUCUACUGUGACUUCUUCUACCUGUAUAUCACCAAAGUGCUGAAGGGGAAAAAGCUGAGCCUACCAGCAUAAAUGCCCCCAACCCCGCCCCCCCGGUCACGCUGCAGCGACUGAGCAGAGCCACGGGAUUGGGGGGGGGGGGGGGGGGGGG